AUGCCAUCAAUGCAUAUGGAAGAAAGAUUAACUCUAUCAAGAGUUAACAAGAACUAUCAAAUAGGGACACUAUGUCCACUCUGUAAAGAAGACUUUAGCAAGGAUGUGUACAAGUUGAACAACCAUAUGAUACUAUGUUUCUUGUAUCUCACCGUUGAUAUGGGUUGUUUGGACGUUGUAAAGGAUACUAUCAAAGAUAUAGAGUUGGAUGAACAACGUAAAAAGAGAAAUAGAAAGACGUAUGACAAUGACAACCAUAGUCAUCAUCAUCAUCAUCAGAACUCGAUAACAUCAAGAAACAAUCAAUCUACAUCGAUAUCAACGCCACCACAACCAUCACCAUGCUCGAGUUCAACUACAUCAACACCAACAACAACAACAAGCUCAAAGGAUACAUAUUUUGAUAAAGAUGAUGAAGAAGAAGAAGAGGAGAACCAAGAUAGAAGUAAUAAUACAAGAAAGAGAAAGAAAAUCGUAAAUGCAAAGACAACUCAACUCGAACAACCACUAACAUUCAACAACAAUAUUAUAAUAAUAAUAAUAAUAACAAUAAUAAUAAUUAUAACAACACCAACAUAA